AUGGCACCUAUCAAGAACGUUGCCGUCUUUGGCGCAUCCGGAACUCUUGGGCAUGUUCUUCUACCAGCGCUGCUUAACUCUAACUUUAGCGUUACCGCUAUCUGUCGACCCGGAAAACCGUUCAGCUACCCCAAUGUGACCGUCAAGACGGCUUGCUACGAUGACUUACAAGCCCUCACUGCUGCACUUGAAAACCAAGACGCCAUAAUCGAGGCAUUCAACCCGGCGGCUGCGACCUGCCAAGCUCUGAUAAUGAAGGCAGCCAUCGCAGCUAGGAUAUCCCAUGUUAUCACGCCGGACUUCAGUUCUGAUACGUUCAACGAGUACGUGGAUGAGCUCCAUAUUUUUGAGCCGAAGCUCAAAGCCCAACAGGAGCUACAACGCGCUGGCAUAUCCUGGACUGCCAUUAUCGUUGGAGCCUGGUACGACUGGGCAAUUGAGAAUGGUAAAUUCUGGGUCGACCGAGAGUCUCACCGCAUAACCCGUUUUGGCUCGGGAGAUCAAAAGAUAAGUAUCAGUCGAGUAGGAGUUUGUGGUGAGGCUGUAGUGGCUGUUCUAAAGGCGCCAGAUAAAUAUCUUAAUCGGCCCGUUUACAUCGCUAGCCAUACAGUGUCAACUAAUGAGCUGAUUGAGUUGGUCAAGGAAAUUAAGGGCAAUGUUUGGAACAUUGUGGAUGUCAGGCUCGAUAAGUUCAUCGAUAACGCCAAGGAGUUGUGGCAUCAUGAUACGGAAGCCGGGGUAGAAGAUCGGCUUGGGUCCCAAGCUUACCGGAUGUUAGGCACAGCUGCACUGUUUAACGAAAGCAAUCGAUACUCUGCUAAUUUUGGGGACAAGUUGGAAGAGGGUUGGGGUGAGGGGCGUAAGGCCCUUAAGGAAGAUCUCAAGAGGCUCCUUUCGUGA